CGGUGGUGUCUGUGGUGAAGAAUUGCAAUGUCGGGCCGAGGGAAACAAGGAGGCAAAGUGAGGGCUAAGGCAAAGUCUCGGUCAUCUCGGGCUGGUUUGCAGUUCCCGGUGGGCCGUGUUCAUCGGCUUCUCCGGAAGGGUAAUUAUGCUGAGCGAGUUGGCGCUGGAGCCCCUGUAUAUAUGGCUGCUGUCUUAGAAUAUCUGACUGCUGAGAUUCUCGAGUUGGCUGGUAACGCUGCUCGCGAUAACAAAAAAACCAGGAUCAUUCCUCGCCAUUUACAGCUCGCCAUUCGUAACGACGAGGAGCUCAACAAACUGCUGGGGAAAGUCACCAUUGCUCAAGGGGGUGUUCUGCCCAACAUCCAGGCUGUGCUGCUGCCUAAGAAAACCGAAAGUCAUAAAGCCAAGAGCAAGUAAAAGUGAUCUAGAAAAAAAGAGAGAUCCGAAGCUGUGCUUAAAGUUAAAAAAAAAUAACCCAAAGGCUCUUUUCAGAGCCACCCACAGGUUCAGAAAAGAGCUAAAUUAUUGUCUUACGGAUUUAACGAAGUGAGUACGCUUUGUGUUUUAAAUUUCAUCAUUUUGCAGCAGUUUUUCUCCUAGGGUUCCCCACGUUCUGCAUUAAGUAAUCAACCUUUCGAAUUACCAGUAGUUGUAUUGCAAUGAAUUUCUAGGUGUUAUCGAUAUAAUUUGUAAUUUAGUAUAUGCCUCGUGUUCGUAGUUUAAAUAUGUAAUAUAUGGAAACUAACAAUAAGUCGUAAAACCUCACUUCGGCCAUGUUCCAUAUUUAACCCAUCUCCCCAGUCCUUUUAUUGUGGUCUGGUCGUUCUGCCUGUCUUAAAACAAAUGUAUCCGCUUGAAGGUCACUCUGAAAAAGGAUCCUUAGAGACGUGAAUGAAUUUAGAGGAUUGGCUGAAACCACAAGCACAGCAAGAGGUGGAUGUACAAUAAAAAGGGCGAAAAAUAUCAGGAUACAUGUAUUACAUAAAAACUGAAAAAAGCAUUCAUAGAUCUUCUUCUCUUCAUGUGUGUGCUCUGAUUUAAGGGGAUAAAGCUUUCCUGCGAUUUAAUUUAGAUAUGUUUGGAAAUGAACUAAUGAAAUCUAGAGGUGCGGUGUGUUAAACCAAACUAGCUCCUCAAAUUACCGGGACCGGGCGAUGAAGCGUUGAAUUUAGAGAAAGCCCCCUAGAAGAAACAAGUGGCCACGGGCCGCACUGAUCAAUUGCUGCACUGGGCGGGCUUUUCAAACCCGCCAGCCGUUUUCAUUUCGUUGCUACUCAGCUGCGUUUUGUAUUUCUUCCUUCUCUCUCUUCUCCCUCGUUCCUCCCAAUCACCAGCGGCACUUCCCAUUUUCCUCAUUCUCUCCUUUCACCUUCUGUACUGAAGAGAUCGAGGCGCUCCAAAGAGUACGCUCUGCAGAACUGAGUUAAGAGGUUAUCAGAGAUUUAGUAGAUUCCCAGCUCACAUGGCCUGAGCGCUGCUGUUUCGGUGUCAUAGAGUGCCGAAGUUGCCAUGAGAGCGACAGGUGGUGGUGGGGAUCCUCGUUUUAUGGGGAGCACAGAGUCCCAUAAUGAGCCAAGACAUCGGUAUUUUCUGCGUCGAUUCCCCGCCUAUACCAUGGCUGCAAUCCCGAAGGAUCAAAGUUCCUCCCUCAGCCCAAGUGAGCCAAAGCACCAGCUAUGGGGGAACCGCUCAAGUGCCUAUAACUCCAUCUCGAGCCCUCUCCCCCACAAUCCAUUUUAUAAUUUAUCUCCAGAAUGUUUAAUGCACUUUACUGCAUCGACUCCCUGCAGAGCCGGGAUGAAGGAUAACUAGUUUACCUAUGCUCCAGGGAGGUAAGCAACUUUGAUAGGAGAGAGCUUGGAACUCUGGGGCUGUGCAGGUAGUUUGUAGCAGUGAUAUUGUGGGUGGGGAGUGCUAUUCAUACCUCCUCAUUUCAAACCUCCCCCUUUUAUAUCUCAAGCUCCAAAUAAAUGUGUUCAUCCUCCCAAAAUGUAGCCUUGAUGUGAAAUACAAACUUCCUGCUGCCAUGCAACAGCUCUCUCUCCAGGCUGAGGUAAAGCAUCUUUCCUUUGAGUCCCAUUAAAAUUAGAAUGCUCGUUAUUCAGUGCUAGGCCAUCAGUUUAUUACACUCAGGUUUACCAACUGGACCUCUAUCAUCACAAAGAGAACCUUUGGCAAUAGGUUGGGGAGGUGUGUUGUGGAUUAGAUAGGAUUUCUGUGAUUUAUUUAAAUAAUCUUUAUUUCUCUUGUUUUGACACAGUAACAGUAACUUGUGUUUGGGGUAUUGUUUCCAAGAACUUAGUUUUACUUUUACACCACACUUUUGUAAGCAACCUAUCUUCUUUCAUGUGUGUUUAAAAAUAUUUUAACUACAUGUGUUAAUUGUAUAUUUAUAGUUUUUUAAAGGGAACAAUUCUGGCUUUAUUUUUGAAGGUUGUCUAUUUUAAGACCAAACAUCCCAAACACAUAGAAAAGAAGAGCAGAAUAUAGGAAAAUGCAUCUUUUCUCUUUGAUGCUUUCAGUUUAGUUACAAUGAAGUGUUGCAGAGCUACAUUUUUUCCGGUUGGCCUAAAUGGACUCUUAUUGGGGGGUGGGGGAGACUAGAGGUAGGAGGCAGAAAUUAUUUCACUGUCACUCUUAAACUGGUCCAAUUACCCUCUUGGUUCCAAGCUGACACCUUAUAUAGGCUUUGAGUCAUUGGCUCUUGUUAUACCUUUGCCUGCUAGAUUUAAGAGCCCUCUACUAUAAACUAAACUAAAACAAAACAAACAAAAACUCUCCAGGUCAGUGCUUGGAGACUGUGAACAGAACACCCUUACUCUUCUCUUGUAUAAGCUAAACAGAAUGAAUUUCUUAAGUGUCUUUGUAAGGUAGAUGUUCCAGGCUUCAAUUCAUUCUUGGAGUUUUCUGAAACCUGUCCAAAUUUUUCAACAUCCUUUUUGGAGCAUGGAUACUAGAACUAGACAAAGAAUUACUAUAAUGGUAUCACCAAAGCCACAUAAAGAAGUAAUACCAUCCUAAUUAUACAUCUAAGGUUUGUGUUAGAACUCUUAGCAACAGCAUUGCACUCAGAGCUCCUGUUUAAUUGGCUACCUACCUUUUUCAGAGUCACUGUUUUCCAGGACACAGUCAACCGGCCUGUAAGUGUGUCCUACAUUCUUUGUUCCUAGGUGUAUAACCUUGCACUUACAUUUAUUAAAAUAUAUGAUGUGCUGAUGAUCAUGAUGGUGAUGCUAGUAAUGCCCACUGCCACACAAAACCAAGUUGACAAGUACUCCCAGAAAACUAGUGUCCAAAAAAAAGAUGGCAAUGUUUUCUCAAUAAAAACAAUUAUCUGUAUGUGCAUAUUUAUUGUCAUCAUAAGAACAUUUUGGUCUGUUAUGCUAACAAUUCUCUUAUCUCAGCAGAAAUCUUAACAUGAGCAACUUGGUGGACUUCUGAGUGGUGUGUUUUUGGGAGGUGCCUUCAUUGUUUAGAUGGAAGGAAGGCUUUUAGCAGCCUUGUGUAUCAACCUCUCAUUUUUCUAUUUCAGUAACCUUUCCUUAGUUCCUCCUGAGCCACUGACACAGGCAAUCCAGUUCUUCCACUGAUUAUGGACAUUCAUUAAUUGUGGUACUUCUUUCCAGAUGAUGCCAGCAUAUUGAAUACCCUUUGUCAUUGUCUUCUGCCAGUGUUUCCUUGGCCUUCCUCACUUUCUUUUUCCUCCCUUGGGUACCCAAUUCCAUACUUGCUUACCAUGUCUCCCAUCUUCCAUACUGUGUACAUCUCCCAACCACCUGAGCCUUCUUUCUUUGUUUAUAUUAUCUAACAUGUCCUGCUCUGUCAGCCCCCUUACUCUCGCAUUUCUUAUUUUGUUUUUCCAUUAAAUGUGUAGUGUCUUCCUCAACUAUCUGUAAUUGGCAGCUUCUAAUCUCUUUUUGUUAGUCACUGUCAUCUUCCAAAUCUCUACUCCUCACAAUACUGUGUUCAGUACAACCACAUAGUAUAGUCUGAUCUUUAGUUUGGUAUGGAGACCUCUGUUUGACCAGAUGUUGUUCAUCCUUCCAAAGGUGUUAUUUACUUUUCCUAAUCUUGUAUGAAUAUCUUUAUGGCAGCCACCUUCAAAUAUCAUCACAUCCCCAGGUAGCCAAGACUCUUCUAUCUGAUCAAUUUCUUUCCCAUUCAUGUACACCUUUGCUUCUGUUAAGAUCAUGAAGGUAGGAAACCAGACAACUGUGCAAAGGUGUAUAUGGAUGACAAGGAGAUUGUAGUUGAAGCAGUGUCUAAGUCUGUGAAACUGAGUUAUAGUUUCAUGACCUGUGGCAAAGUUAGGUAUGUUAGGUCACCCAGAAUCACUGUUGGUAUAGAGACAGCCUUAAUGGUAAGGUAGUAGGGUGAGAAGAGUGUCCUUCACUGUCUGCUCAGUGUGUGUGUGUGUGUGUGUGUAGGCGGAAAGGGGGCAUUUAUUUAUUUUUAAAUACAAAUAAAGUUUUGUCAUAAUUGUGUCUAGCUGCCCUCUGUAUGUGUUAAGAAAUGGCAGUGACCCCCUAACACCUUUAUUACCUUGAUGGCGUAGCCUUUUCAAUUAUGGUAUAGUUGUACCACGGUUAAGUUUGUAUUACAACGUUCAGUUUAAUAAGAGUUUUAAACAGGAUCUUUGUAACAAUUGCAUUGAAAAGGCAAAAAUAAAAACAUAGACUAUAAACACUGAGGAUCUUUGAUUUUUUUAUGGUGAUUUGAUAAAUAACACAGGAUGACCAUGAGUUGCCAAUAUGAUGUGGCCGUGAACAAGGCUCAUGCAAUCCUAGGAUGAAUCAGGCAAGGUUUUUCCUAUAGAGAUAGGUAAGUGUUAUUACCAUUGUACAAGGGACUGGUGAGACCUCAACUGGAAUACUGUGUUCAAGUCUGUUCUUCCAUAUUUAAGAACGAUUAAAUCAUUCUGGAAUAGAUACUGGAAUGAUCAGAGGAAUGGAGAACUUGCCUUACCAGAGAGACUUAAGGAGCUGGGCUUGUUUAACCUAACAAAAUGAAG